AGACCGGCGGAGCAGAGACGUUUGUAACCCCGCCCCCUCCCGGACACGUUGCCCAGGGAGAGGCUGCACGGGCUGGAUGUAACUGAUGAGUGGACGUCUCUUUACCGCUGCUGCUGCUGCAUUCAUGUUCUCUGUCUCUCUCUCUCCAUCAUUAACUCUCUACGUCAGACUCUUGUCCUCAUUUCACCGAGCAGGACACUCUACUGGUCGCAGGUGGUGAUGCUCUCUACUGGCUGAGAGUGUAACCCCACCAUGUCAACUUCAGACUCUGAUUACUCUAUUGACUGGCUUGCCAGCGAUGAGGAAGACUAUGAGAGCCCAAAGACACUCAGUCCCCGGUGCACAGUGGAGUCAUCGUCUUCAUCAUCUUCUUCUUCAUCAUCAAGGGAAUCUCCUACCAGCUGCGUCCACUCUGGAGCGAACCAGAGGAGGAUGAGCAAAUCACGCAACUGCGCAGACGUCAGAGCCCAGGCUGUUCUGCAGACGCCGGCCUUCAGCCUGCCUCAGGGAUCCACGUCUGUUUGUUUGCAGCAGACUCUUCCUGUGGAGUCGCAGCAUCGUUCAACCAGGAAGAGAGCAAACAGUGCUGGUUUGGAUGGACUCUGUGAAAAGAAUCAAGCAGACACUGAAAAUGAGCUAUUCUCACACAAGUGCUUGGAGCUGCAGUGCUAUAUCCAGCCUCUGUCCUCCAUCCUGCGGAGCCUGAAAUCAGGGAGGUACUCUGAACGUCUCAGCAGUUUCCAGGAGAGCAUUGCUAUGGACCGUAUUCAGAGAAUACUGGGAGUCCUUCAGAACCCAAACAUGGGCGGGCGUUUCCUCAGAAUCAUUCUGAAAAUAGAAGAAAUGCUUCGGAGUUGGUUUCCGCAAAUCAAACCAAAUCUGCAGCAGAUGUUUGAUGACGCACCACCCAAGAAGCAAAAGCGUCACUCCUCCUCCUCCUCCUCCCCCGCAGCAUCUCACUGCUCGUCAGACAUAAAGGUGACGGCCUCAUUCUCCUCCUGUCUCCUCAAAUGGUGUCACACCUCAUCACCCAUCUGCUCACUAAAGACGACAGAGUCGGCGCACAGCCCAGCCGCCACCGCCGCUCUACUCCUGCCCGCUCGCUACAGACAGGAAGUGACCCAGGACAACGUUGUCUCCUCCAGCACGGACUCACACACAAGAUCACAGCACCACCUCAGCGCCCAGCCUGUCCACAGCCAGGGACUGACGCCCUUCACAAUCAGCUCGCCUUGUCUCAAAAGACUCCUGCAGACAAAGGACAGCAUCAUCACUCCCAGGACUGUGGGAGAUGAAGACUGGCUGUCGUAAGCAGUGCCAUACGUGCUGUGGCUGACCUCUGGUCUUUUUCUUUGCAACUCAGUCCACAAUAGGACCUUCUCCGGUUUCAAAAGUAAUCCUCUCCACACACACACACACACCGAGUUAUUAUAGUCACAUGUUUGGCUACACAACUCAUCUGGUGUAAACAAGCACGAUGAUGUCAAACAGAGGAGACACGGGUGCACCGUGUGAUGGUAAAAGCCAGAAAAAUCAGAUUUUCCUGUUAAAAUCUUCAUCCUCAGCCACAGUUUUAGUGUGUAUGAAAGGCCAGAACACACCAAAAAAAGCUGUAUAGAAUAUAAUGUCGUUUGACCCAAAUCUGAAUGAAAACUCGUCACAUUUUGUCUGAUGGGACUCCUCCGCCUGUUUGAUGAUUCCUCUACCUCAGACACACUGUUCCAACAAACACCACUCCUCAACCUUUGAUUUAAUAUUUUACCAAUAUUAAUCCAUAUCAUCACCAUGUGCUAUUACAUAUAAUAUUUAAUUCCUUAGCUUCCAAAUAUAAAGUGGGACGUGAGACUCGCCGCUCUGUGAUGAGAACUUGGUAAAGUUCUGUGUUUCAAUAACUGGUCAGUUUUCUUCCCUUUUUUUUAUCUUCCUUCGUCAGCAGAUCAUGCGACUUUCAGACUUUAACUACAAUCUGCUAGAAGACAGUUUUAGAUUUAAAAAAAAAAAAUGUUUUAUUAUAUUUAAACAGGGUUCCCAC